AUGUGGAAGACCAGCUCUCACAAGAUUAAACCGGGCUUCGCUAUUCGCAAGGGAGUGCGAUGCCAUUCUAUGAUCGUGCUUUGCAAGCUGCAGCGGAGCGGCCAGACCUGCGCUACGGGGGCUGAACAGCAGCGAUCACUCCUGAAAAGUAGCAAGGAGCCUGCUUCAUAUCUCCAGUACCAGUGGUACUUAAGGGCCGCGGGCUGA